UAUUAUCGUGACGUAGAGCCUAAAAGGUUUCCAGAACGCCGCAGCUACGGAGACGACAAUCCACAUGCUAAUGUCAUAUGCAACUAUUGCAAAAAGCGAGGACACGUGAAACGAAAUUGCUUUAAGCUCAAGAAUAGAAAAACUGUGAAUUUUGUAGGAGAACAACAAAUAGAGAGCUAUGAUUUCAAGAGAUUGAGUGUUAGGGAUUCGGAAGAUGAAGAAAUGGAAUACCCGUGUAUGAUGAUAUCGGCUAAACAAAGAUUCAGCGAACCUUGUCUAGUUAGCGCUUUUGUAGAAAAAGUCCACCUAAAGAUGGAAAUCGAUUGUGGUGCGGCAGUAUCGGUGAUCAGUUUAACGACAUACAAAAAGCAUUUUGUUCAUAUCAGGGCACAUAAUUGCAGCAGUCGUUUAGUCGUCGUGAACGGGCAACAACUGAGUAUAUAUGGAAAAAUUGAAGUUGAUGUAACUGCAAAUAGCAUUCAACACCGUGUCUCCCUAAUUAUUUUAGACGGUCAAAUCAAUUUUGUUCCUCUGUUAGGUAGAAACUGGUUAGACAUUUUCUAUCCUAACUGGAGAGACAAUUUUGGAAGUAACCUCAAGGUCAACAAUUUGAAUGAGAACCAGCAGAUACCAGCAUUGGGGUAUGAAGCGGAUCUCGUACUUAAAGAGGAAAGACCGGUAUUUCGGAAGGCGUAUGAGGUGCCCUUCAAACUGAAGGACAAGGUCAUUGAACAUUUGGAUUCAUUGGAGAAGCAGAACGUUAUAACUCCGAUUAAGGAAUACAUGCAAAGCUCAUCGGAAUCAAUUACGGAUAAUUCCACCUCGACCAACAAGUACUACGAUACGCAUACCUAUCCAGAGAGACAAACGACGCCGCAGUGAGAGUGACUCAGAAGAAGAAUUUUACGGAUUCCCAGACGAACCAGACAUCCCGGAUGUACCAGUUGUACCACACGAUGCUCAGACGGAAAAUUUGGGUAAACGAGUCAAGUAUACAAGACGCAGUCCUAUCGCUACUCGCAGCUCGACCCGAUCAAAACGUGACCAUGUCUAGACAACGACGAACAGACAGUGUUUUCAGUAGCAGUGCAGUACAUUCAGUAUGUUCACUGAGUCCUGUAAACCGCCCGAAAAAGAAAAAACGUCUUAAAAGUGUCGAAAUGAAAGAUAAAUUUAAAUGAUUUGUUAAAGUUAAGGUUGAUAAGUAAUAAGGUUACAAGUGUUUAUGAAGUUCAAUUGAAUUAUCGAAAUCAAAGCACAAACUAAAAGUUAUUGUUCUUAAAACAUUUCUGAAUUGUUUCAUGUAAAGCAUGAGUUCGAUUAAACAGUUGUCUUAACUAAGAUGUCUGAUUUCUGUUAUGUAUAGUAAAUACUUUAGGGGGAAGAAUUGUACUGUUCGAACAAGUGAUCAGAACCCCGAUCUGUGAGAUACACACACACUGACGUUUUUAUAGCAAAGCCAAAUGUAAUGAGGUGAAACCGAAAUAAAGCUGAGACUGGAGCUCGG